AUCAUUAACGCUAUAGUACAACACUGCCGCUGACGUGUCUGUAAAAAAUAUCGAAGCUAAAACAGGCGGUGCAGGCUAUUAAGUGUUUUUUUAUUUAUUUAUCCUAUAGCAUAUAAGCUGCGUUUUAAAACGCCACAUCUUAUAGGAGAAUGUUCAAAUUAGCCUUAACGCUUCUGUGCGUCCUGUGCGCUUUAGCAAGCACAUGGAGUGCGCGCACCGUUGACAGCCACCUGGGGCCAAAGGAUCUCACCCGCCUACAAAAAGUCUUUGUUGAUGGCUUAAGUUCAAACGAUUUGCAAGCGAUCUUCUUUGCCAGCCAGAACAUUGAAACCACUGAUGCGGCAACAAAAGAAACACUAUGCAAGAAGAUUUUGACGCUGCACGAAGAAUCCAAAUUGAACAACUUUGAAAAAGACUAUUACCUAGUUGGUGCCAAUAGAAAUCUACGCUGCACAACAAAACUUCCCGAAUCCUUGCUCUCAAAGAUCUACAGCUCUUUGGACUCUCAGCUGGGAACUACGCAGGAGAUUUACUAUCGCAUCGUCACCCACAAAGCUCUCGGUGUUCAGAUCAGUGAAGCGGCUCAGACAAAGGUGGCAAAGCGUUUGCAGGAGCUAUUGAAGACAGAUGAUUCACUCAGUGGCCUAGGCUACGGAUUUAAUGCGGCCAUCGAACUGGGACAAAGUGGCAGUUUUGUUGCGAAUCGCAUAGAGGAUGCCAUUGUGCAAGCCGACGAAGUCGAUGGUAAACUGCUUCAGUUCGAAGGUGGUCUUAGCAUUACGGCUUUGAUACUCAACGGAGCCUUUGGUGUGGCAAAGACUUAUAAUAAGCCAGCUCCUGUCACAGCUGAACAGGCUGUUAAGUUCGCCAACUAUUUGUUAAGCCGUCGUUCGGUGCAAACCGCUAAGGGAGCGCAUGUGCUCAUCGAAGCUCUCAAGACGAUUAGUGGCAAUGAAAAGAUUGCUCCCAUUUGCAUUCAGCUGAUUGGCAAUGGACAACUAGAGGCGCAAUCACCAACACUGAAUGUGGCCGUUGUCGAUUUGCUAGGCAAACCACUGUCGCCAGCCGUGCAGAGCAUUAAUGCCAAGAUUCUUGUGAAGAAGGAUAACUCAGUGUUGGCAGAGAAAGUUCAGCUGGCUUCCAAGUCUUCCGACAAGACCACCUAUGCUGCUGAUCUGAGCAGUCUGAAGCCAGCACGUGGCAUCUACCAGGUGGAGUUGAAUGCCAAUGGCGUUUACACACAGAAACUGCAACUGAAAGUGCUCGGACGCGUUAAGGUGCAGUCUCUGGAGGUGGGUAUUGCCGAAUCCGAUGCCAGCGCAGCCACCCGCAAGCAAAGCGUCAGCUUCCCCAGCAAAUUGAAGGACACACUGUCUGCGGACAGCACACAAAAGCUGUUACUCAAGGCUGUGCUUAUCGAUGAGAGCAACAGCAAACCCAUUACAGUGCACCAGGCGUUUGUGCGUCUGUACAACAAAGAGACAGACAAGGAGAUCAUUUUUGUGGCGGAGCAGGACAGCAGCAAAGCCUACAAGUUUGACAUGGAUGUGGGCAAUCAGGGCAAGAAUUUCAAUUACCAAAGCGGUGUCUACAACAUCUAUCUAACGGUCGGCGAUGCCUCCCUGUCCAACUCUUUCGAGUGGCUGUUGGCCGAUGUUCAGCUGAAGUUCAACCAGCCUGACAAGGACCCUAAGCCAAGCGUUGUUCGAGGAGCUCUGCCAGAGAUUGUGCAUCAAUUCCGUGUACCCGAUAAGCGCCCGCCCCGCAUUGUAUCCGAUAUCUUCACUGGUCUGUGCAUAACGCCUCUGGUGCUGCUCUUUGUGUUCUGGGGCAAAUUGGGCAUCAAUGUCUCAAACUUGUCAUUGUCGCCGAGCACAAUCGGUUUCCAUGUUGGCUUCGGUGGCAUUUUGGCGCUGUUCUUCGUUUUCUGGCUGCAACUGAACAUGUUCCAAACGCUGCGCCUACUGAUACCAAUCGCAGUAUUUACAUUCCUGUGUGGCAAUCGCGUUCUGCGUCGCCUCUAUGCACAACGCACCAGCAACAUCAAAAAUGCAGCGGGAACAUCAUAAUAAGUGACCCAUCCCGAUGGCGUUAAGGCUGUUCUCCCAUCAGCACACGAUUCAGCUGAUCAUAAAUGCACGACGAGUCACUGUUACUCUCUAUCUAAAACAAACUAUAAGUAAAAAACUUUAAUAAAGCGUUUAGUGUAAGCUCUAUUAAACCACACAA